CGGGAGCUGAGGAUCGCGUUCGUUGAGUGACAGCGGGGCUGAACAAUCGCCGCUGCCUCCGUCAGAGUCCCCGCGCCAGGGACCCAAUGAGCAGACUCUUGGAUGAAACUGUGCAAGAAAUGUGUGCAGUCAGAACGAAAACUCAAAUUCAAGCAUGAAUUUCAGAUGUAAGAAAAAUCUGGUAGUGGAGCCUGUUCUUGCCCUUUACAUGUUUGCCUACAACUUGUCCAGUCCUCUGGUGCAGCAGUAUGUGUACAGGAGGCUCUGGGCAGAAUUGGUCAACUCCAGCUUCGUAGACAAUCACAAUGUUUCUCACUGUGCCCUAAACCAAAGUGAUCCAACUUACUUGAAGCAAAAGGAAGUCCAAGAAACAGCCUCCCUUUUUGCCAUGAAAAUGAACUUAAGCGGGUCUGUUCUCAGCAUUUUGAUUGCCAUUAUUCUUGUAGGAAAUGGGGAUCGCUGUGGACACAAACUGUCAUUGCUCCUUCCUCUGGUGGGGAGUCUUGUCUCCAGCAUCUUCCUCAGUGUUAUGGCCAAUUACUCUCUACCCCUCCCUCUUCUGUUUGCUGUGACCUUUAUUUGUGGGAUAUUUGGGAGUCUUGCAACCUUCUUUGGAGGUGCCUUUUCCUUCAUAGUCAGUCUUUGUAAGACUCAGAGAGAAAAGACCAUCCGAAUAGCUGUGGUUGAUAUGAUCUUUGGGCUCAUGUCUGGUUUCGCGGGACUGUCUUCAGGCUACAUUUUAAAACAAAUAGGCUUCGUGUGGACAUUUGCAAUGAUUUCGCUGUUUCACCUGGUUAACAUCUUUUAUUGUACAUGCUUCUUGGAUGAUACCGUGCAGCAAUCUGAAUUCCGGCCACAGUCUCUGAAAGAAGGCCUUAAAGAAACCUUUUCUGGAGUCUAUUUACUUUUUAAAUCUGCUUCUUGUAAGAAGCGGACUUUAAUCAUCUUGUUGCUCUGUACAUUUGUAACUUAUUUUUUCACCAUCAUUGGUGGGAUUUCUCUAUAUACACUUUAUGAACUGAAUGCCCCCCUCUGCUGGAAUGAAAUCUACGUAGGAUAUGGCUCAGCCACUUCCACUAUAAUCUCUUUGACUAGUUUUCUAGGAAUAGCUGUACUUUCUCAGUGCCUGAAAGAUAUUUAUCUUGUUGUCAUUGGGAUUUUAUCUUACAUUGGAGGAAGCGUCAUGUCUGCCUUUGCCACCACGACCUUGCUCAUGUUUUUAGCAAAUGUGCCGUCUGUUCUGUGUUUUAUGCCUAUUCCAGUUCUCAGAGCUAUGUUAUCCAAAGUAGUUCUUCCUCAAGAACAAGGUGCUGUAUUUGCUUGCAUUGCCUGCUUGGAAGUUGUGAUUGGUACCAUUGCACUUACUGUUUUUGAUAGUAUAUAUGCAGUGACUGUAGCCUGGUUCCCGGGCUUCAGUUUUCUCUUAUCAGCUGGUCUCUGUAUAGUCCCGUUGUGCUUGCUGAGGGUCACAGGUGCCCACAUGGUUAAUGAACAGUCACUGCACACAGAGGUCCAGUGCAACUCCCUACAGGGGAAGGACAGCCCUUCAACAGGUUUAGAGGAAAUGACAUCACCUGCUCCCAGCGCCGUUGCAGAAAGCAAGCAAGAUGGGCAGCCGCGACUAGUGUGAUUCCCACUGUGUUUGAAUGGGGUUGCCUAUCUUCUUGUUCAAGCCAGGCUCUUUUAGCUUUGCAAGCUGCUCGACAGGCAGUUGUGGGACAGUUGAAGCCAUUUCCAGAGUGGAGGUGGCCCAGUGGGGUCAAUGAUACCUGUCUGUCAUGCAGCUUACAAAGGCACAAGAGCCCAGUUAUGGCAAGAAGCUUGGCAACCCUUAAUCGUAUGUCCGGCUUCCAAAAUCCAAUCCACAGCUGCUGCUCCUCAAUAAAGGCUCUCUCUUCAUUACCGCUACUGUUUCUUUGUUGCUGGGGUUAGCAGAUAGAUCGAGGUGGGAGGAAGGGAUCCCUUUCUCAUCUCAGCUGGUCUCAGGAGGGCCCAGGGACCUCUCUGCUACCUGGGCUCACUGCCUGUAACUUGUGCACUCUCUGGCUGCUUCAUCUGCAGCAAGAUAAUGUGAACUGCCUAGAGCUGUUUGGGUUGUACAGUAUAGAAAUGCAAUAAAGGAUACAUUCAGUGGUGUAGGACACUGGUGGCGGCCUGUGUCCAGGUUGGCUGCCACCCCUAUGCUCACCCACUGCCGCCACUGGUCUCUGUGGCCCCAUCCAUGGCACAGUAUUGUGAUGUCACAGCCUCGCAACACCAGUCCCUGUUGUCAAUAUAUUGCACUGCAGCCGACCUAUUGCCAUUUGCAGGACGUGGAGACAACCAGCUGGGGCUGCAGACUCAAGUGGCUGGCCAGCCAGCCAGCAAGAAACUGGAGGGGGGGCUAGCAUGGCCGAGAUGCUGCCUGGUGUGUGCCACUCCCCGUGAAGAGGACUUUGUACAACUUCUGAGUGAAGAAGACACCCCCGGGGAGAGUGCUGACAGCUGAACGAAGCGUCUGUCUCAUGGCUGCUCCUGCCCUUUCGCUCUGAUUUGCUUUAGUCGCAGUGGCUCACCCCAUUGAUUGUAUUGCUACGUUUAAAGUGGGAUCUGAGAUCUCUGUUCCUAGAUCACUACAAGAAUGGACUAGCGUAGGUCUGCUGUAGAGGAGGCCUAUAGGUUGGUGUGCAAAGGAGCAGACGGGAGAGUCAUAUGGCUGUCUUGGUUGUGCUAACACCAGGCAGUGAUCAGUGCCGGAACAGUAGUGGUGACAGAGUUGGGAUCACUUACCCAGAGCCAGCAGCAGACAGAGCCAGCCUCAUCAAGAGGCAAACUGAGGGGGCCACAAUAGGCGGUGGAUUAUCAAGGGGUGCAGAGGGAUGGUAGCGGCUGCCCCAACCCCCAUCUGCUCUCCCUGUCUGCUGCUAGUGGACUUGUGACCACCAAGGAAAGUGGUGGACAGGGCUAAAGCAGCAUUUCUCAGGCAGUGGGCCGUGGCAGACUACUGUGCUACAGGGCAUUGGCCAGUAUGCCGCACUGACCAUUCCCAUAAUGCAUGGGGCUGGAAGUGCCCCCUUUCUGAUGCCUAAAGGAGUGAGUCAGAUGCCAAAGCCUGGAGUUCAAACUCCUAGCUUUUGCAGCUGACUCGCUUCUUUUUGCACUGGGAAGGGGGCACCUCCCUCCCUGUGCAUUAUGGGGUGAUUCUGCUGCACAUGUGGGGAAUUUAAAUCCCUGUGUUGGCAGCUGAAUUGCUCCUUACCGCACCAGUAAAGCUGAAUCACUCCUUUGUGCAUCGGGAAGGAGGCUCCUCCUCCCUGGUGCACAAAGAGUGAUUUAGUGCCAAAUGUGGCGGGUUUAAGUCCCCCAACUUUGGAGCUGAGGUGCCCCCUUCCCAUAAAGGAGCCAGUCAGCUGCAAAAGCUUGGAGUUUAAAUUCUGGCCUCUUGCAGCGGAGUCGUUGCAGUGCAAAUAAAUGAACAAAAAAAAUUGUAUAGUGGCUUUGCUGCUGCAAAAAUGUGUGCCCCAUUUUUUAUAUUUUGGUCUAGGUCUACCUUAGGCACAGGAAGGUUGGGAAGCCCUGGACUAGAGCAUCUACCUCCCACUCCUUACACUGGUGAUGAUCUAAUGUGCCCAGCCCACAGGCAUGAAGGGCCUUCUCUUCCCACACUGUACAGUCAUCCCUCGCCAACCGUGUGGGUUCUGUUCCUGGAAAAUCGUGCGGUUGGUGAAUUUGCAGUUGACGGGCCAUUGAAAUCCAAUGGCAAACAGGGGGUUAGGGGAAUCAUGGUCACGAAAGGACCGCAAAAUACAGUAAAAAUUAGAAAUGAAAUCUCCCCCCAUUCCACUCAAAUCACCAGGAGUGAGUAAGAGGAGUGAAGGGUACCCCUGAAAAUGACCCCCCCCCCAAAAAAAUUGCCAAAACAAAAAACCACCCUCAAAUAUUUUUUUUAAAAAAAAUCUCAGCAAACCGCGGAUACUCAGAUUGCGGCUGCUGAGACCAAUCAAAAUUUCCCGGUCACGGAUACUCAAAUCCAUGAUUGGAAAACUCACAGUUGGCAAGGGAUGAUUGUAUUUUAAAAGGAGGAGAACAGAGUGGAAGUGGAGAGGAGGAGGCUGGAGGGGAGAUGCUCUAGCCCAGGGAUUCUCAACUUUGGGUCUCCAGAUGUUGUUGGACUUCAGCUCCCAUAAUCCCCAGCUCCAGUGUCCUUUGGUUGGGAAUUAUGGGAUUUGAAGUCCAAUAACAUCUGGGGACCCAACACUGAGAAUCCCUGGUCUAGCCUACCACUCUCCUCUACUCUAUUCUCCUCCCUUCCCCUCCAUCUUCUGCUGCAUCCCCCUCCUCCUCUUCAAAACCAGCACAGGAGUGGAGCAGUUCUGCACAUUGCUGGUUAGGCACAUCAGUCUGCAGCCUCCUGGUAAGAAAGGGCAGCAUUUGCCCCACAUCAGAUGCUCAAAGAUCUUGAGCCAGACCUCACAGCACAUAGGAUGUUGCAGGUUGGUGAUAUUCAUACAGUUGGAAAAAUCAGUGCCUGGACAAAGAAAAAGUAACAAAGACAGAAGAAAUUGGGAGAGAAACCUUUUGAUUCCAUUCCAUAAAACUGUGGUCUUCCUGCUUAAACCUAGAAUAGUAGGAUCCUGUAGGGCAACAAUACACGUUAGUUGUCAUGAUGGAUUCCUUUUUUUAAAAAAAGGAAAGUUUUGCCUUUUUGUAAAAUUGAGAUUUGUAAAAAUAUUUUAGUUUUGUUUAUUCAUUUGAAAGGAUUGCCAUUUUAGAAUAUGACUGAAUUCUUGCAAUCCUUAUUACAUGUGGAUGUCCACACAACUUAAUUUUGAGUAUAUCUAGUGGCAUUGAAUUGGACUCAGCUUGAUGUAGGCUGAAACAAUGAGUUGACUUAUCCUGCUUCAGGUUGCUCUUUGGAAGUUUUAUUUUUGCAGGAUCUAUAGACCUGUGAUCUGGAUACACGUUGAGCCAUUCACAACCUGCACAUAUCAGUUGGAAAAGGCAAUUUGUGCGGAUUUAAUACCAUGUUGAUGCAAUUGUGAGGCUGUGCUCUGUGUUUGGACCCUGAUGUUGAUUUGCACUUGUGUUUAUGUGUUUGACAAUUUUAACAUGAAUUGUAUUUCAGAGAUUUAUCAUCUCAGUGUGUCUGAGAAGAAGAAGAAAGUUCUGCCCUUGUAGCUUAAGAGAAUUCUGUUCCUUUGAGACAUAGGUUCCAUUUCAUGGAUGAAACUUGUGACUACUUUAAACAUUCAAAAGAAGCACAAUGAAAGCAGAAGCAGCUUCUUCCAUGCUUCCAGAUGUGGAGAGAUGCAUUUCACCUGUGCACUCAUGCACACUCUGUCCCCACACUGAAAGAAUAUGCACUUCCCUAGCUUCAGACAAUACACAAAAGUAUGGGGAGAGAAAAGCCACUCACAUACAAUACCUUUUUCUGAGUUCUCCUAAGUUCUUUUAGGGGAGUCCGCACUUUUUCUGGUCACUCUGGAAGAUAUCAUUUCAGCCUGUGUGAAUGAAGUGCCUUUGAGCUAAUACUUGAAAAAGCAUACACACCCUCGCUUAAGAAGUUGACCCAAUUGUCAUGGGCAUUUUCUCCCAUAGUCCAACUUCCCAAUGCCAUUUCAAUAUUUCAUGCAAACUUACCAAGUUGGGUAUUAAGUAUUUCUUGGAUACAUUUUUGCAAUCUCAUUAUUUUGGACAUUCAUCUUUAUUUUGAAAUGUCCCCGUUCUUCCAUCUGUAUUUAUUUCCAAACUUUAUACUAUCUACCAUAUUCUUCAGACAUUCUAAUGUUCACCAUUGUGUUCAGUGAAGCAUACACAUUUCAGGAUAUACAACAAAUGCCCGAUUCUACUUUGCAUGGUGGGUAGGCAGACUGUAAACAGUCCUGGCCAGGUGCUUUUUAAAUUAAUGUAUUAAUAUGAUUAAUUCUCAACAAUCAUUGGCUGACAUCUUGACCAAUGAAUAGGACUGUGGGGAUGCAAUGGAACCCUCGCACACCUCCUCCGGUCUCUCUCUGCACGUGCUGUUGAGCAAGCAGGCAAAAUAUCCCCACUUUGCCUGCGUUCUGGAAGUGAUCUAGAAGAGAAGAAAUGCAUCACUGAGGGUCAAUGACCUGUUACCUCUUUUACCAGAUCACUUCUGGAGCAUGGGCAGAGCCAAGAUGUUUCACCCUGUUACAGAAUAGUAGGAUUGUGCAAAGCUUUUCCGCGUUGAAACAUUUUGACUUGAAAUGAGCCAUUUCAAACUUGAAACAAAACACCCUUUAAAUAAAGGUCCUGUUUCAAGCUCAGAACAAAACAACCCCCAUUUCAAUUCAAAACACUUUGACGUUUCGAUUCGAAACAUUUUGACGUUUCGAUUUGAAACAUUUUGACGUUUCGAUUCGAAACAUUUUGACGUUUCGAGCGCAAAAUCCGUUUUGUGCCUAUCCCUACAGAACACCAUGUAUAACUGUGGAAGUUACAUGUGGGCCUCUGUUGUGUCCCCACAGCCUCUUUUUACACAUAAACAUUAGUCAAAAUGUCAGCCCUUGUAUAAAAGCACUGAUGCCAUUUAUCUUGAAUCAAUUAGGACAUUACAAUCAGAUUGACCUAUCUACACAGCGAAGUACAUACAUAGGAUAUAUUUCAGGUUCUGCAGUAUGUGCUAUGUACCAUUCCUUUUCAAUGGCAAUCUUAUGAUUGCUUGACAUAGAAACUAAGGAACGCUUAAACAGUUGCAAUUGUGUAUUUUGUUUACAAAUUAAUUUAUUAAAAUAUUGGGUGUAAUUUUAAUGAUGAUUUUUUAAAAAAUGAAAUCCAAUUAUGUGGAAGGGAAUUAUACAUGUUAUACACAUUAAAGGGGUACAAUCCUGCACUUACAAUCGCGCUUUGGACCUGUGAGGGCCACUUUGCUAAAUGUAGCAGCCUGCAAAGCAGACACUUGCUAUGCCUUUUGGAAGCAAUCCAACACAGGGUUGUUUAAGCCCAUUGAAAUACAUAGAUUUAAGCAUCCUUAACUUUGGGUCGAGUUGUGACUUGUCUUGUGUAUGUGUUUAUAGAUACGCAGGUUUUGUGUGUUUGUGUUUUUAAUUGUUGAUCAUAAAAGUCCACAUGGUGUGACUUCAGAAGCAA